AUGGCCCCCAUUCCGCAAUCUAAUAUCAGAUCUUUAUUAGAUCAGUCGGCUAAUCUGGCCGCGGGUAUUAUUGCGUACCCCGAGGGCGACCGUGCUCCCCCAGUUCGACUCAGCUAUGCCCAGCUGCGCGACCUGGCUACCCAAAAAGCCGCUUGGCUGCGUGAUCAAGAAGGAUUCCGCCCCGGGGGUGUUACCCUGGUACAUUUCCAGCGCCAUCUGGAUAAUAUAGCUUGGUUCUGGGCGAGUAUUCUAGCCGGCAGUGUGCCUGCUCUGUCGCCUCCACUGGUCAACACCAGCGAAGGCCGUCGAGCUCAUUUCAAGCAUUUGCACCGGAUGUUGCAGGAUCCUCUAGUUGUCACUUCUCGAGAUCUAUUGAGCAGUCACUUUGGCGAAAAUGUGGUAUUGCGUGUUAUUGCGGUGGAAGAGUGCGACAAGUCCGAUUCAAGUGGAACGAUAUCGGGCAAUGUCGAGGACAGCCCUAAGAGCGACGGCCCCACCAACGGUCUUCCCAACGGCGAGACUCUCUCCAGUGGCACCAGUGGAAUCAUCAGUGGGUUUGUUUCAGAGCUCGUCAAGGGAGCGUUCAAUCGAGUGUUUCAUGGAUUUUUCGGCGGCAGUAGCCUCGACGGCGUGGCUGCCAUAAUGCUCACUUCUGGAAGCUCCGGUAACUCCAAGGCUGUGUGCCUGACGCACCAGCAGAUGCUUGCUUCUAUCCGCGGCAAAUUGGUAGCAAUGCCAGUGACCGAGGGCAGUGCCGUGCUGAACUGGAUUGGGCUGGACCACGUCGCCAGUCUGAUGGAAACACAUCUUCUUUCCAUGUAUGCUGGCGUCGACCAGAUCCAAAUCCAAGCCGUCGAGGUGCUCAGCAAUCCACUCCUAUUCCUGCGGCUGCUGUCCCAGCACAGCGUCUCCAUGACCUUUGCUCCGGAUUUCUUCUUGCGCAAACUGCUGGCGACGCUGAAUACAGCCUCCAAGGAGGAUAAGCAAGGUAUUGACCUGAGCCGUUUGUUAUAUCUUGUCUCAGGUGGCGAGCCAAAUAACGUCGACACGGGCCUGCGAGUGACAGAGCAUCUGCGCCAGCUAGGAGUUGUACCGUCCAACUUGAUCACCCCAGGCUUUGGCAUGACCGAGAUUUGUGCCGGCGGCAUCUACAACCGCCAAUUUCCCGACAUUGAUUUCAAAUCUCGGCGCGAAGCAGGUGCAUUGGGCACCUGCAUUCCUGGAAUCGAGAUGCGUUUGUCGCCAAUUGAUCAUGAUGCAUCCACUCUGAAUGGUCAAAACAACGGUACCACCAACAAUGUGGGCAUACUCGAAGUCCGCGGGCCCGUCGUGUUCUCGCGCUACUUCAACAAUGACGAGGCUACGAAGACCGCAUUCACAAUAGAUGGAUGGUUCCAGACAGGGGACCUCGGUACCAUCGAUGCGCAAGGCCAGUUGAAACUGGAGGGACGACUCAAGGAGUUGAUCAACAUCAACUCGGUCAAGUACCUUCCAUACGAGAUUGAAGGCGCUAUCGAGCAAGCGCGGAUCCCCGGCGUGACACCCUCGUUUGUCGUGUGUUUCUCAUACCGGCAGUCCGACACCAGUCCUGAGGAGAUUUAUGUCGUAUACCAACACGACUAUUCCCCUGACGACAUUGAAGCACGCAUGUCAACACUGCAUGCGCUCAUUCGCACCGUCGUGCUCUUUACCUCGGCGCGGCCACGUGUGCUUCCAUUGCCUCCGGGCCACCUGGAAAAGACGACGCUAGGCAAGCUGUCGCGACCCAAGAUCCAAGAAGCAUUGGCGCAAGGCAAAUACGAGGACCAGGAGGAAAUCAACGAGCAGAUCUUGAAAACCUACCGGGAUUCCCACUUCUCAGCACCACGUAACCACACGGAGCACACACUCAUGGCCGUGUUCAAGGAGACGCUGGGACUAGACAUCGAAAUGGAUAUUGACAUGCCGAUUCUGGACACGGGUAUUAGCUCUGUGGACUUGAUCCAACUAAAGCGGGCUGCAGAGAUCACUUUCGAAAUCAAGGACAUUCCCAUGAUUACGAUCAUGACAAACACAACCAUCCGGACGCUGGCUGCGGCCAUUGAACAGUUCAAUAACUCGACCCAUACGGGCGAGUACCAAGCAAUCGUAACGCUGCAGCCGCACGGCACCAAGACGCCACUCUGGCUGUUCCAUCCGGGCGUUGGCGAGAUUCUCAUCUUCCUGGCACUGGCACAACACUUCCCAGACCGGCCCAUAUACGCAAUGCGACCGCGCGGGUUCAACCCAGGUGAGGAAACUUUCAAGAACCUGGACGAUCUCCUCACAGAAUACUACAGCGCCCUGAAGCAACAACAGCCUGAAGGACCCUAUGCCAUGGCGGGAUACUCAUACGGCGGCAUGGUCGCCUUUGAGAUCGCUAAAAAACUGGAGGCCGAUGGCGACUCGGUCAAAUUCCUGGGCAGCUUUGACCUGCCACCUCACAUCAAAGACGUCAUGAAACGACUUGACUGGACAGGGUGUCUGCUGCACGUCGCAUUCUUCUGUGGCAUCAUCGAAGAAGACCGGUCUGAGGAAAUGGUGCCCGAGCUACGCCCACUUCCGCAGUCAGAGCAGCUGGCGCUGGUGAUGGCUGAGGCAGAGCCAGUGCGCACAGCUGAGCUGGGUUUGACGCUGGCUGGGCUGCAUACCUGGACGGACGUCACUUUCUCUCUGGCAAGUAUUGGCUGUCAUUAUGAUCCGUCGGGCUCGGUGUCGUCGAUGGAUGUUUUCUUCUGUGAUCCCUUGCGGGGCGUAGCGAAGUCGCGUCAUGAGUAUCGCUAUACGCAGCUCAAUCGCUGGGAGAGCUUUGUGAGCGAUGAUCUCAAGUUCCAUGAGGUGGAUGGCGCGCAUUAUACGAUGAUCUCGCCAGAGCGGGUGCCGAAGUUCCAGCAGACGUUGAAGAAUGUGCUUGCAGCGAGAGGGAUAUAA